UAUAACAACACGACUCAUUAAAGUAAUUAGAUAUAUAGUUGUUGCUUCUGAGUACAGAAGGGAAGGAAAGGAAGCUUUGGUUAUUGUAAGCACUUGUCUCAUCAAUGGCGUCAAAUCCGCCUACGAAUAAGGCAGAGACAAAUCCUCUUCCGAAUAAGGAAGAGGAAUCAGCUUUCAAGGAGGCGAUCGAUAUGCAUCAGAAAGCCCUGGAUGAUCUGGUAAACGUGAACUCCCUCUUCACGAUUGCGGUCUUCGUGGGACUGACAUUUUCGGGGAGCCUGAGCCUGGAGGUCCGCUCCCAGUGCAAGGUCCCAAACGAUGUAGCCCGGAGCCUCCUUGUCUACGAGGUCAUCUCCUUCGCUUGCUACCUCCUCUCCAGCCUCGUUGCCAAGGCCUUGAAGAUGCACCUUAGCACGUACCUCUUCAGCAAAAUCGACCAAAUUAAAAAACCUCGUAGUAAGUACACCCGGAGUGCCAUGCUGACCCUUUCCGCAUGGGGCUCCAUCUUCGGCUGUAUCUUCCUCACGAUGUCGAUGGUGCACGUCGUUAGGAUCCGCCUCGGGAGGAUUUCCUGCAAUCAUGACUCGAUGAGCGCUGCUGGCGGACUCAUUGCAAUCGUAUCCCUCGCCCUUUUGAUCUACAUUCCAUUCACGAUGGUUGCGAUCUACAGUGCUAAUGAACGGUUCGAUAAUAUUGGAAAGAAGCAAUGAUAAAAUAUCUUAUUGAUAUGAUUUCAGAGAUUGUGGGAAAUCUCUUAUAUUAAGGAAAUCUUACUUAUUAGGUAACAUUAUAUUUCUAUAUUUGAUGUAUCCCGUCUAUAAAUAAGAACGACUUCCACACGGGUUAUUUGUGUGAUCA